AUGGCUACAAACAAUUUAUUAUCAAGGAAGUCCAGUAAUAAUGUACCUACGAAUGAUAUAAGUUUAAGCUCGAAUUUUGAACAACUGGAGGUUUCAGAAGAUUUGAUAGCUCCAACGUUUAUUACUCUGAACUAUGUAGAAAAGGCAGCAAAAUUUUGGUUUAUGCCAGAUAUAAGUAAAACAGAAGCUCUUCUCUCGCUGAAAGCCACCACACCUGGAACUUUUUUGAUAAGGAAGUCAAAAACAAAAGUUGGAUGUUUUGCUCUCGUUUUGCGGGUGGCAAUCGACUCAUUGUACGAUAACCCAACAGCAAUUGCAUUGGAAGAUUGUGUCUCUACAUAUCGUAUUGAGAAAACAGCAGAAAACAAGUAUCAGUUCUCUUACACAGCGCAGACGUUUGACACCAUCGGAUCACUAGUAUUCCAACAUACAAAAGCACAAGGUAUACUUCCAUGUACAUUAAAUCUCCCAAAAUGUGGUAAGUAA